GGCGUCUUCCGUUCCCAGUGUACCCCCUGCCCACGGAUAUUUGCUUUAAAAUGUAAAAAGUGCGAGAAACUCUUUAAGCCGGUAGAUUAAUUUACAAAAAUUCACCUUCGGUAUGAAUACGUUAUUCCUGAAAGGAAAGCAGGCGAAUUAGGCUUGCGGAGUCGAAGGUUUUAACAUAUUUUCGUAAGAUAAUAAGAGUCCAUCGAAUUUAGACAGGAUGUCUAAACGACCAGCAGACAGCGGGGACUCGGGCUCCCAGCCACCCAUCAAGAAAGUCCAAUUUGAACCCAUAUUAAUUGGGCCUAUAUCCACUCUUGAAGAGAUGGACAUGAAAGUCUUACAAUUUCAAAACAAAAAAUUGGCUCAGAGGCUUGAGCAACGCCACAGAAUGGAAGCUGAAUUGCGUCAGCGUAUUGAACAGCUUGAGAAAAGGCAGACUCAAGAUGAUGCUGUGCUAAAUGUUGUUAAUCGUUAUUGGAAUCAGCUAAACGAAGAUAUACGAGUUUUGUUACAAAGAUUCGAUGCUGAGACUGCCGAUGAGUCAGAAAAUAAAAAUGAAAGUGAAGCAACUACUUCGUUCCUCAUGCAAUUAUCUUCCUGGGACAAGGAGGAAUUGGAUGACAAAUUAGCGAAUCGUGUUCAAGUCUCGAAGCGUGCAGUCUCAAAAGUAGUGCAAGCGUUUGAUCGACUUUCUCAAAGAAAUGAAAAGAUUACACUCGCGUUAAAAGGUGAAUUUGAUGGAGAGGAGGCUCCUAAUAUUGACGAGGUCGUACGUGAAGCUAAUGCUGAGAUACAAACGGAGAAUAGAAAUUUGCAAGCCAUUAACAUACAACUUCACGAGAAGUAUCACACAAUUUCGUUAAAAAUGUCUGAAUUGCAAGACACUAUCACGGGAAAGGAUACUCUAGCGGCUGAGCUUCGAAAUCAAGUAGACGAUCUACAGUAUGAAUUAAUAAAAGUUCGUGCAAGGAAUGAUAAAUUGGAACACCAUCUUGGAGAAGCAAUCGAGAAGUUGAAGGCCUUUCAGCAGAUUCAUGGAUCAGAUGAGAAGGGUAGUAAUAAGCCGAAUACUUUGGUUGCCUCCAGCGUUUCUCAGACCAAGUUAGAAGAUUUACAAAGAGAACUCGAGGAAACACGAGAACUAGCGAACAACAGGCUCCAGGAGUUGGAUAAGUUACAUCAACAGCAUCGCGAUGCGCUCAAGGAAGUUGAAAAACUCAAGAUGGAAAUCCGACAACUGCCAGAAUCCGUAAUUGUCGAAACCACCGAGUAUAAAUGUCUUCAAUCCCAGUUUUCUGUGCUAUACAACGAAUCGAUGCAGCUAAAGACACAGCUGGAUGACGCGCGGCAACAAUUGCAAUCUAGUAAAAAUGCUCAUCUUCGCCACAUAGAAAUGAUGGAGAGUGAGGAACUGAUGGCUCAAAAGAAAUUACGUGGUGAAUGUAUUCAAUUGGAAGACGUUUUGGCACAGCUUCGAAAAGAGUAUGAGAUGCUCCGGAUAGAAUUUGAGCAGAAUCUAGCAGCAAAUGAGCAAACCGGUCCAAUAAAUCGUGAAAUGAGACACCUUAUAACGUCUUUGCAAAAUCACAAUCAACAGUUGAAGGGUGAGGUCCAUCGGUAUAAACGUAAAUACAAGGAAGCCUCCACGGAAAUACCAAGGCUGAAAAAGGAAGUUGAAGAACUGACGACAAAGUUAGGUCAACAGACUGCACAAGAGAAUAAAGAAGGGAAUAAUUCCGAUGGUAGUGGAAAGGAAGAGGAUACUUCGAAUUCCCUUCCUGGCUCUACUCAAAUCAAGGAAGAGAGUGGUGUUGCGAUAAAACGAGAGACUGGUGCCGACGAGGAGGUUGAGACGAUCGAAGUUGGUGAAGGUGAAGGUAGCAAAGGUACACCGGAUUCUUUGACUCUGACUUCGCCGACCCUUAAGAAGGAAAAGGACAUAAAGCGUGAGAAAGACAUUAAGAAGGAGACCGUGAAAACAGAACACAGAGACCCGGCCCAUCGGGCCAAGGACGCCAAGGUUGCUGAAUCUGAGCUUGUUCGAGAUUUAAAGGCUCAACUCAAGAAGGCUGUAAACGAGAUGAAGGAGAUGAAGUUACUGCUGGACAUGUACAAAGGAGUUGGAAAGGAACAACGGGAUAAGGUGCAGUUGAUGGCUGCGGAGCGCAAGACGAGGGCCGAGCUCGAGGAGCUUCGCCAGCAGAUCAAGAAGAUCCAAGUGAGUUCUGAAAGCAAACGAGAAGAACGGAAGAAGCUGGCCGAUGAGGAUGCGCAGAUCAAGAUCAAGAAGCUCGAGGAACAGGCGUAUGCACUUCAGCGACAGGUCGCUUCUCAGAAACAGAAUUGCGUCUGGCUGCAGGAGGAAGAGGCUCUUCUGAACGAGAUGGAGGUGACUGGUCAAGCAUUUGAAGACAUGCAGGAGCAGAAUUCUAGAUUGAUACAGCAGCUGCGAGAGAAGGACGACGCUAAUUUCAAAUUAAUGACAGAGAGAAUCAAGAGUAAUCAAUUGCACAAACUGGCGAGGGAGGAGAAGGACGUGCUCAAGGAACAAGUGUCGACCUUAACGACGCAGGUGGAAGCAGCGAACGUAGUUGUGCGUAAGCUCGAGGAGAAGGAACGUCUUCUGCAGAACUCUCUGGCGACCGUGGAAAAGGAAUUAGCUUUGAGACAGCAGGCUAUGGAGAUGCAUAAAAGAAAAGCUAUAGAGAGCGCACAGUCGGCGGCUGAUCUUAAACUUCACCUUGAAAAAUAUCAUUCCCAAAUGAAGGAAGCUCAGCAGGUUGUAGCCGAGAAGACGAGCUCCCUCGAAGCAGAAGCGUACAAAACAAAAAGAUUACAAGAGGAGAUAGCCCAACUAAGGCGAAAGGUGGAGAGAAUGAAGAAGAUAGAACUUGCUGAGACCCUGGACGAGGUGAUGGCCGAGGAACUGCGGGAGUACAAAGAGACCCUAACGUGCCCGUCGUGCAAAGUGAAACGCAAGGAUGCAGUGCUGACCAAGUGUUUCCACGUCUUCUGCUGGGAUUGUUUGCGCACGCGGUACGAGACUCGACAGCGAAAGUGUCCCAAGUGUAAUUGUGCGUUUGGUGCCAACGAUUAUCAUCGCCUCUACCUGUCGACAUGAGAUAGAAGACGCUGUUAAGGUUCAUUCUAAAGAGAUAUCCGUUCUUCAUUCGGCUGUUGCGCUAAUUCACACUGGGCUGUUAUCGAUUGCAUUUCAUUCGUCCUAACCUAACCCUUUUCUUUUUGUACUUUUGUUAUCUCGAACGUAUCGUUCUUAUUUAUUGCGCUGAGUAUUGUCACUGGCAAAAGACAAAAAAGGAAUAGACUGCUACGCGUUUCGUGUUAUCGGGAUUCAAAUUUAUGGAAAUACAAAGAUAAGCAAUCAGCGCUCAAGGUGCAAAUCUUAGUCCGAAUGAAAGCACGAAAUCGUUAUUCGAUUCGACAUAUUCGACUUUCCGGCCGACACGAGAAUGGCAUUCUCGUGGUCUCGGUAUUUUACUUCUUUUUCUUUUUUUACUUCAUCUAGAACGUUAUUUGGUUAGCGAAUUUGAAAAAGUACAUUUUGUGGUGAAAAUAUGGAAUCAUGAAUCUUUUUCUUUUUUUACUUCAUCUAGAACGUUAUUUGGUUAACGAGGUGAAACACCGAACUGUAUGCAGACAUCAACGACAGAAUUAACGAAUGAAGAAAAAAAAAAGAGAAAUCGGAAAAUAAUUUUCACUUGAGUCAUGCUACGGUGAACUUGAUAAAGUACUCGCGAUAUUUCAUUAUCCUAAUCGAUCUGGAAAGUUUUUCUUUUUUGUCCUCCCCUUUAUUUAUUGAAUUGUAGAAUAUUUUCAUUCAUGAAUAUUAUGCUCAUCACUCUACCUGCAAUGAGUUUUUUUUUCUUGUUUACUCGUUUCGAAUCGUCCAUUUUAUCCACUGUCGUCGUUGUCAGCGAAUCCGCUAACGUUCGUUAUAUAAUUGUAUAUUUGGUGUCAGUGAAUCGUUUUACCUUCGCGUAUCGAACAGGUAGUUCAGUACGAGUUGUUCGGCAAAUAAUAAUUAGAAACGUGUGGAUGUACUAUGUGGGCGAGAAGUUGGGGGGUGGGGGUAAUUUUAAGAAAAAACUUUAGAAAUGAUAUAGAAACGAAGUACGAUGAAAUGAAAAAACAAAGAAACAAGAAUCAUAAUGAAAGUAUAAGAAAGGCGAUUAAUAGCUGUUAAUAAAUCUCGCGAUUGAAUGGAAAUUCUGGACGCGAAGAACAAAUUUGCCAUUUCUACUAGUGUCGGUGAUCCGUGGCUUUAGAUUAGGACGAUGUCACGACGCUUUAAAUUUAUUGAUCGAUCGUUAAAUUUAUUAACGAUCUUUUAUUACGUUUAUUACGAGCGAGUACGAAGGACUUUACAACGUCUGUAUAAUUUUUCAAGUUGGUUCACGUUCAACGUGAAAUUUACUUAAUGAAGGAUGUCGAGUAUUUUGGCAUCAGUAAAAAUACACGACGAAUUCGCGAGGC